UCUACUGCUAUGUUGCAGACGUCAUCUUUGGAAAAGGAGGAGGAAGAAAGAAAGAAGGUGACAGACGACUUCCAGGAAUAUCUAGUGACGUCAGUCAAAGACAUGUACCCAGACAUCACGGGAACAUUCUAUUUUGUGCCUCCCGUGUACUUCAACAGAACUCGUUACAGAAAGAAACACGUGACUGGAGAAGUGACGUGGGUCUCUGACACUCCUGCUGACAAUGACGUCAGACAUGACCGAUCCAUGCAGCACGUCAUCCACUGCCUACGUCACCUGGCGGAACACAGACAGGAGAAAAUGUUUGUGCUGACACAGUUGACCUUUGACGCCUAUUUAAACAAUGUAGGUACAGAGUAUGUCAGACACCGUCUGCCCACUGCAGACAGUAACAGCAGUAACAGCGUUGACCUCCUCAUCAUCCAUCAAAAACAUGGCGUGCUGGUGGGAGUGGUGAAGGCCGUCAGUGAUGACGAUUUCAGAGAUGAAGUCAAUCAGCAGAAUGCGGAUGAAAUGAUAAUCCUACAGAUUAAAGAAGGCCUACAACAACUGGAUGAGGCCGUUUGUAUGAUGAAUAAUCUGACGUCAGACCAGAAAUCAGUUAGAGUUCGAAAAGCUCUGAUGUUGCCCAGACUUUCUCGUUCAUCACUGAACCGUGCUCUGGCCAGUCAACCUGACCAGUUUGUGAACUACUCCGACAUUGAGAUGUCUCUAUGCGCUUAUCACCUGUGUGAUUGUAAUGGGGACUGGUAUGUCUGUUCUGGCCACCUUGAUAAACUAAUUCAGUGGUGGGAGAAGAUGAUGGGCAAAACUAGCGAUGACGAUUAUCUAAGCGAGGAACUGUACCUGAGACUGAUAUCAAGGUUUUGUGGACCAGCGACUCAGCCCUCACUACAAAUACAAGACGAUAAGUUUCUUUUACCGAAGACUCUGGCGGAGGCUGUUUCAGUGACAGGAGACCUGUAUAACCGCCCUAUGCUUUCUCAAGACAUGGUGGACUUAUUGAAGAAAAAAAGAGUGUUUCUUGUCGGACCACCAAACACCGGUAAAACACGGCUGCUGACGCUGGUCGGGAAGAAAUGGAUUACAAGCGGCCACGAGCUGCACGUGUUCUGCGGCAGCGCAUCGUCGUGUACAUUAUUGACGCACGGGUUUCGUGAAGAACUGAGACCAACGUCUGGUAUCGAGGACAACGGCACAUAUGCUCAUACCAAAGCCAAAGUGAAACGUCUUAAUUUUGAUAAAGAAAAUGAGAUAGAUGAAGCUGUGAGAAACCUAAUAGAAAGAAAUGUUUAUGUGGUUGCAGAUGACGUUGAUGUCGACAGGUACAGACCUUUUCAUUAAUUUUUUACACACUUUUUUUAACCACUAUCCUUUUUGUUGCUGUCUGUUUGCAAAGUUUUUUAAAUAACUUACCAUAGUCGUAUAGGUA